GUCAAAUUAGACAGAUAAAUAAACUGGCCGAUGAUUAUGUGUUGUUUGAUUGUUAGAGAUUGAAUAGCAAUAUAAAAUUAUUUAGCUACAAUGGGAGCUCUAGCUAGCCGUCAAAAUGCUGGUGUAGAAGAAGUAGAUAUAGUUUCUAACCAUGCUUAUAAAUAUCCACCUAAAUCUGGUAACUAUUUUGGUAGUCACUUUAUUAUGGGUGGCGAAAGAUUUGAUACACCACAACCCGAAGCAUAUUUAUUUGGUGAGAAUGCUGAUCUGAACUUCUUGGGAAGUAGACCAACCCCAUUCCCUUAUCCUCCUCCUCCAGCAAAUGAACCUACUAAAACUUUAAAAAGUCUUGUUAAUAUUCGGAAGGAAUCAUUAAGGCUUGUUAAAACAAUGUCUCUCGGAGCAAAAAAUGAAGGAGAUGUUAAACCAACACAGUAUAAUAUUGAAUUUACAUUUGACUGUGAUGCCAGAACUUCCAUUACUAUUUACUAUUUUGCAACUGAAGAAAUUGCUGUGAAUGGCCUUGUAUACACAUCAAGAGAUCCUUCUAUGACAUCAGAAACUUUUCAUUACAAAAAAGGAGCAAAUCAACUGUUCUCCCAGCCAUCUGUUAUUUUUGACCCUAGUAAAUACACUGAAGAAGAAUUGUUAUACUAUCCAGAAAAAGAAAUAAUACCUAUUGCAAUACAUUGUGUUGCACAGGAAGGUUCAGAAGAUUCGAAACAAUCUCAUACUUGUAUAUCGGUUGUUGAGCGUCAUUCUGAUGGAACUUAUGUUUUAAAAGCUCUAAAGCAAAAGUUGUUCGUUGAUGGUUUGUGUUAUUUGUUACAAGAAAUCUAUGGCAUUGAGAAUAAAAAUAUUGAAACUGUUAAGGGCACAAGUGAUGUAGAAACAGAAGAUAAUGGGGCCGAAUGUGUUAUUUGUAUGUGUGAUGUUAGAGAUACAUUGAUUUUACCAUGCAGACAUCUUUGUUUGUGCAACUCUUGUGCUGACUCAUUACGAUAUCAAGCCAAUAACUGUCCGAUAUGCCGGGCUCCAUUCAGAGCACUUUUGCAGAUAAGGGCUUUGCAAAAAUCAGGAUCUUCACAUCCUCCUCCUGCACUACCUCAUGAUGGCAGCUGUGAAAAUAUACCUCCAGGUUACGAAGGAGUUUCUCUUAUAGAAGCUUUGAAUGGGCCUGCAACAGUGAGGUCAAGUUUAGAAAGGACUCCUAAAUCUUCCAAGAUGGUGGGAAGCCCUGAUUAUGAAAGAGAUCCUCCAACUCCUGAGGUUCGAAUGUCAGUACUUUUGGCCAGAGAAAAAGAAGCUUCAAGCCCAAAAGAAAAAGGAAAGUCUCCUGUAUUAUCUCCCAGAUGGAGGGAUAAAAACAGGCAUAAAGAUACUGUUAGAACAGUCAGUGAGACUUCUAAUACUCAUGAUGAGGCAUGUGAAGAAGACAUGGAUAGUGAAGCUGAAAAAAUGUCUCCUUUACUCAGUGGAACAAGGAAGGAAAGCAAGGAUGAAGGGAGCCCCAGCCAUUCUCCAGUUUCCGAUCAAAGUCCUUCAUCCCAAGGUGAAGUUCAAAUUUCUGAGACACCACUUGGAGAAAAAAGCAAAGCACCCUCUAAAGGUUCAUGUGAAAGCAUUACUCAAGAGGACCUAGAAGCGGGAAAAUCGAGUCCAAAACAGUCAGCCACUCCUCUUGAAGAAAUGGAGUUGUCAUGUGGGGUAAUAACUGUUGACGAUUCUGACUAUUAUACACCCGAUGAUCCACCCGCGACUGUUCUCAGCCCACUUCAUUCUGCUGAAAAAGUGGAGUAUUUUAAAACAUCAGAUGGUCUGCCUACAGUUACUGUCUAAUUAUGAUGUAGAGGGAAAAUGGUGUGCUGGGUCUAUUCCAGGAACCCCUUUGAGUACCGCUAGCCAUCGGUCUAGUGCCGAUAGCUACUCCUCUUCAGGUUCAGCAAGGCUCUUACUUGGCAGAACCAACAAAACCUAGCAAUUGAUUUAAUUAUUAUUUUAAUUUGUUUAUUGUUAUGGUAUAACCAAAAUUUUUUGUACUGUUUGUAAAUUUUUAGCCAUUUAUCUUUAAAAUAAUUAUCACAUUACAAAUUAGGUAUGAUUAUAUAGAAAUUUAUUUGAUUCCAGGUAUCACUCAAUUAUUUUGUCUUUCAGUUUAAAUUUUAAAUUCAAGAUAUAUGUUUUUUUU